GUCAUGAUAGCUACCACUGGUGGUAGUGAGAUAGACCCCGACAACCAGCAACCUACCUGAACUUACGGGAUUCAUAUCCAAGCAGUCGCCUCAUCCAAUGGCGCACGGUAGUUUCGGGGAUGUGUGGAAAUGCACCUACAACCCACCCAACCGUCAAGGCCAGGAGGUAGCAGUCAAAUCCAUAAGAAUUGAUAUCGCAGGUGAUGAUUCCAGAGCCAGAUUUACUCAAAGACUCUUGGGCGAUUUCCAUGCACGGAAGCAACUGCAUCACGAAAAUCUUUUGCCUCUGCUCGGUUUCAGUCAUGAAUUUGGGCCACUUCCAGCGAUGGUUACCCCCUGGAAACACAACGGCUCGCUCACAACAUAUCUUGAACACCAUUUCAUAGAAUUGACCAUUGAACAAAAGCUUCGGAUUUUGCGGCAAGUCGCUGCAGCCAUCAGCUACCUCCACUCGAAGGGCGUGGUACAUGGUGACCUUACUGCCAACAACAUUCUGAUAGACUCAGACCGCAAUGCCUACGUAGCAGACCACGGAAUUCUCACAAUGUGUUCUGAGCUCUCAGGGACUUCAUACAUCAGAAGCAACGUGCGGUGGGCUGCGCCAGAGCUCUUUGAGGUACCCGAGAACGAAGAGUCAUUAGCUCCACAGCCAGCUAGCGAUAUUUAUUCCUUCGGAUGCAUCAUGCUUCAGGUUAUGACAGGUAGACCACCAUAUGCAGAUGUGCGAAGCGAUCAUCAAGUCAUUGUCCUGAUACUGAAGGGUAAGAAGCCUCCAAGACCAAUAAGUCCGCACGAUGCAGAUUCUUUCUGGGAUUUCAUCGAAAAAUGCUGGGGUGAUACAGGAUGUCGCCCAUCUGCCGUUGAUGUUCUGAACUUUCUAGGAUUGGACCAUGUCACUGCACUAGUUAAAAAAACAGAGAGCUGAUCAAUUUUAUUUUAUGUAUAUACUACAUAGCAGAUACAUGCGCUUCACGCAGCAGUCUGGAUGCUAAAAUCUCAGGUUUCUAAAUCAUGAUAUUAACAGUACACGUGGCAGUUGUUACAUUCCCCCUCCUGCUGCCCUGAGAGCCAAGCCACACACGGUAUGUGGAGCUCGGAGUGCAUAAAAAUGAGAAUAUUGUCAGUUCGACGACAAACACCCAAGAAUCAGCGCUGGAUGAUCGAAUUAAAAAGAUUCAGAACUACGAAAUCUUGCCCUCGCCUGUCACGACAUGCUACCCUACAUCCUCAGUUUAUUCCACAACUUGCCGCAUGAGCC